AUGUCAGAAGAACACAAGCCAUUGAUAACUGUGGUCGAGGACUUGACCUCGAUAAAGGCUAAUGUUCCACAAUUACAGGCGACUUUCAGCAAUCUAAUACAGAAAACACCCACUAGGGAUCAAUACGAAUAUCUUUCGAACCUAGCCUCAUCAGACGCCCCCGGUGAGGCAACAAGUACGGUAGAGAAAAUGCACACAUUGGUUCAAACACCCCAAGCCCAAGUCUCUGUCAGGUUGAGGGAGCUAUACGAUAUGAGAAAACUACCUUUGCUAACUGCCAUGUCGAAGAUUGUAUUUAAACUGGCACUAGUGGACCAGGAACGGGAAUUAGGUGCAUUUUUGGAUAUAAUGCCAACAGAAGAGGAGGACACUGUCAGUAAGAACGAAUUGAUUGAUCCAGAUGUGCCGAAAUUGUCAAUUGAUUAUUUCUCGUACCCUCCCACCUUGCCAGGUAUUGGUGACAAGUUGUUGCUCAUAAGAAUUGCCACAGACAAGUCCUACCGGCAACCGAGUGACUUUAUCGAGCUGACUGCUGAAAAAUACACCAAUUCACAUAAUGCCAAGUUGGCACUACGAGGUCGAGCCACCAUGGAACUAAUUCUAUUGGGUCUUUUGGAUGAAAAAUUUUCCAACUUGUAUGAAAAGGAUUUGUUGACAAUGCGCGAUCGGCUAAUGUCAUUGGAAGUAUUGGCCAAAUUUGCAUUUGGAUACAACUUGGUAGAUGUGAUGAAGUACAACUUGUCGGUGGAUGCUGAUGACGAAACAAAGAUGGAAGUUUGUGCAAAUGUUUUUCUAGCUUAUAUAGCUGGAUUGCAAAUGGUUGGCUACUAUCUCAAAGAUAUCAAGACGUGGUUGAAGAAAUUGUAUCAACCAUUAAUCUCUGAUAUUUCUGCAUCGUCAAUACCACUAGCAAAGGUUGCUGUAAUUGAAUUCGAGUCGUUGCUCAAACUGAUUACCAAUGUAAAUCGAUACCCUCCAAAUAUUGUCAAUUAUGAGAUUCGCCAGGUCAACACUGAUCCAUUUGUUGCGCAGGUUAUCGUUGGUGAUGAUAGAGAAGUAGUAGGUGUUGGAGUGUCAUCGACAAGCUUUAAUGAUGCUAGGGAUCGUGCUGCAUUGGAUAUAAUGGAUGACCAAGAAAAAGUUGUUAGAAUUUUUACCAUAAUCAAGCAUCAGUAUUUGAGAAACCAAAGAGAUAGUAGAGGUGAAUCGAGAUCAGAGUCAAGGUCUAGCUCACGACCAGGCAUGCCAUGCAUCACUGGUGAGCAAAGCCCAUAUCCGCAACAAACUUAUGGGCAACCACACUCAAUGUACGGUCAACAAGGGUCUCAUGGAUAUCUGCCGGGAUACGGUAGUGGUUCUCCCCCUCAAUCCUAUGUCUCGUUGGAUAAAGUAGAAACGCAUACCAGUGUCCAAGAAUAUCAUCUGCAGGGAUUUGUUCAGCAAGGCUACUGA